AUGAUUCUCGUUACUCGUUUUGUCAUAUAUGUACUCUGCCUGCUUCUAGUAGUAGCAGAAAACGAUAUGUACACUUACACUGAUAAAUCUGCUCUCCUUAACAUCAAGGAAACAAAUGUAUAUAUAUUUAAUGAAUUAUCUAACGUUUGCUUUGAUGGGUCGUCUCUUCUCCUUUUCAGUCUUCCGAAGGACGACUACGAAAAAUUAAAUCAGAUAGCCGCUUCUGCCGGUGUUGAGUGGAAGAACAUGGACAAUUCUGUCUAUAGCUCAAAGCAGUCCGAUACCUCCUUCAACCACAACCCUCUGGGUAUUUUUCUGGCGACCAGCGACAAGGAGGAUUUCCAGCCGUACCGUCUUCUGAAUGCUCUGCUCUACCUUCGUCGUAACGGCAUCGACGUCUCCGCCUUCACCGCUGUAUAUCUCCGCACUGCCCGCUCUCUCAGCAACUACGCGACAUCGAUCGUAGCCCACUACAGCGACGUUCUUUCGGACAACUUGGGUUCGAACCUCGCUCUCAAGCCUCAGCAGCCCUUCUGCAUCCAGCAGCUGCUCCUCAUCACUCCCAAACCGAGCGUGCAGGACCUGAUCUACCAGCGCGACGCCGUGUUUUUACGCAAACUCAUCUACAAAGGCAACGCGAAGUACCCGAUUCCCCGCAGAAAGAUGGAAGUUCUCGUUAAUUUCAGACCGGAGGCCUCGCGAUGGGCAUCCGAGCAGCCCGUGCGCCGGUACUUCAGCACGAUCGCGAAGAAUCUGAACCCGAAGUAUGUGACGCUGGGAUCGAUGUCGACGAAAGAAAUCGUGGAGGAAAUGAAGCGAAUUGACGUGUUUGUGACGACGUAUGGAGACGAUACGGUCUUUUUGCUGUUUAUGGUCCCUUAUUCGGUGCUGAUCGAGGUGCAACCGGACUAUUUCCACGAUUCCACGACGAGCAUUAUCGCGUACGCGUCGGAUAUUUAUCCGGUGGUGGUUCGCGAUGUGUACACGGAGGUCCCGAAGGAGUGCAGAAUGGAUGGAGAGCUGGUUUUGAGCGAGGAAGAGCCGUGUCGAAGCACGCUGCGGAAUCGCGAUAUCGACUUCGAUAUCAAGUCGAUGACGCAGUCGAUCGCUCAGGCUCAGUAUUAUCUGUACAACUUCAAGAUGAAGGAGUUGGAGUAUUGGCGUGUUUGUUGA